AAGAAUAUACAAGUCCAAGACGGUUAUUUAUUUCUCUUAAACUUUCAAAAUGGCUUGUACGUUCUUCAAUUUUGCUAAUUGCCUAGCCCAUUGUUGAACCAAUCUCCUUCCCUUGAAAAUAUUUAUCUUCUCCUAACUAUAAUCUUUAAUUUCAACAAAGGCAAAGUCAAAUGUGAUAAAUGGAUAAUAGGUUUAAUUUUCAACUAAAUUUUUUUUUUCAAUUUAAUUACUUUUUAAAAAAUUAAAGACUAAUAUGUGGUUUUUAUGUCUUAUUAUACUUCUUGAGUUAUAAAUAAAGCCUUAUCAGUUCUUAUUUUAUUUUAGUAUAACUUUAUUAGAAACUUUGGUUGACAUUAUUAUUUUUUUUUUUUUAAAAAGUCUUAAUAUUUGCACUUUAAUUACUUUUAAACUUGGUUUUUUUAAAUUAUUAAAGACUAAUAAAUGAAUUUUAUCUCUCAAUUUUCUUUAAUGUAUUUAUAAAUUUUUUAUUAUUAUUAAUUAAUACUAACUUUCUAUUAGUUUAAGCAUUUACUUCAUUAUUAUUAUUAUUAUACAUGAGAAUGUAUAUGUUGGUAGCUUAUUAAUCUUUUUUUAGGUGGAGUGAUGGCAUUUUAAACAGAGGCUCAAGCUACAUUGGAGGGACUUUUUUUGGGUUCAAUAUUGGUUUCUUGCGUUUUGGAAGUUUUUUUCUCUAUAUUUUAGCUUCUUUUUUUUUCUCAUUGGUUACAUGCUCUUUGGCUAGAAAAUAAGCUUUUUGGAUGGAAAUGAUUACUCCACUUUAUUUUAUUUUUAUUACAAAGGGGAUGGGAGGUGUGGAACCACUUAAGCUAAGAUAAAGACCACAUUGUAUUUUCUCAUUUCAAUCUUACUGUGAUUAAAUAAAAUAAUAAUUGUAAUAUAAGCUUGAUUAAAAGAUGGUACCUCUCUCUCUCCAUAAUAAUAACAUGGCACUAUUAUCUCAUCUCAUUUGCCAGAAGUUUUUUUACUUAGAAUUGUCCCACAUCGGCCAAACACAGCAAAAUCAAGAAUGUGAUUAUAAAUAAACAACUGUGAUUCUUAUUACCAAACCAAGCAGUCGCGUGAUAAGCACAAAGCGAAUUAUUCUUCCGCCUUUUACUAAAGAAUACCGUGUGCGUUCCACUUAUAGCGACAUACUCCAAUUUUUUAAGGGAUUCUCUUUUCUAAGAAAUCCCAUAACUAAGUUUCAAGUUUAAUUUUUUUUAAUAAGAAAUGUUUUCACUGUUAUUUUCCAAAUUUGCUGUACAGUUUUUUAAAACAAGUUUUCCUACUAAAUAUAAAUAUGUUUUGUAUAAAAUGUUUCUCUAACGUUCAAUGAUUCAAUAUUAGUUGUUCUUGUUAAUAACUAGUACUUUUUUUAUUGAAAAAUGGAAUUGCUAUAAUUAGCAUGAUAUUAGAAGGAUUCAAUGUGCUUUUCUAUAUUUAUGUUUAUAUAUACACAUCUGUUUGUGUCUGUCUAACUCCUUGUUUCAAAGAAAUAUUACCAUUAACGAAUUGAGAAGUUGAUUGUUUAAGAAAAUAUUUUCUUUGUUAAAAGAAUUAGAAGCAAUUAAACAAUUAGAGUUAAGAAGUGAGAAGAAGUUGUUUACAAUGGUAUCUUUGUCACUACUACGGAUUAAAGCUUUGCAUAGAGUUCUUUCUAUUUGUACCAUUAUUUUUCUCAUUGGAGAUUGUCAAGCUCUUGAAAAUGAAGAAAUGGGCAUUAAGAAAUCUGACUUUCCCAGUGAUUUUGCAUUUGGAGUUGCUACUUCUGCUGGGCAGAUAGAAGGAUCAGCAGAUGAAGGUGGAAGAACACCAAGUGUUUGGGACACCUAUGCUGCAACCCCAGGUAACAUUGAAGAUGGAAGUAACGUUUCUGUAGCUAUAGAUUCAUAUAAAAGAUACAAGGAAGAUAUAAAGUACAUUAAGGAUCUUGGAACUAAUUAUUACCGGUUUUCCAUCUCAUGGAGUCGAAUUUUGCCAAAAGGUUCACUAAGAGGUGGAGUAAACAAAGAGGGUAUUGAUCACUACAACAGUCUGAUUGAUGAAUUGAUUAAAAAUGGCAUUACACCCUUUGUGACAAUAUUACACUUUGACACCCCACAAGCUCUAGAAGACAGAUAUGGAGGUUUCUUGAAUGGUUCAAUUGUGGAUGAUUUCAAGGACUACUGUGAACUUUUGUUCAAAACAUAUGGAGACAGAGUCAAAAAUUGGAUCACAAUAAAUGAACCAUUUGUGGUUGCACUUGGAUAUGACUUGGGGAAAGGUCCUCCUGGUAGAUGCUCAUUGCCACCACCCAUUGGUCCAUGCAAGGCUGGUAACUCAUCCACAGAACCUUACAUUGUUGGCCAUAACCUCAUCAUUGCUCAUGCUAGAGCUGCUAAGCUCUAUAAGCACAAGUAUCAAGCUAAACAAGGUGGCCAAAUUGGAAUUACCCUUGUUGGAGAGUUUAUAGAACCUUUAAAUCCUGAAUCGCCGGAUGAUAAAGCGGCCGCAGAAAGAUACGUGGAUUUCCUCCUUGGGUGGUUUGUGGAACCAUUGUUAUUUGGAGAUUAUCCAAUGACAAUGAGAACGAUAGUCCAAGAGAGAUUGCCCACUUUCACUACAAAAGAGAAAAACUUGGUUAAGGGUUCUGUUGAUUUUAUUGGCUUGAACUACUAUACAUCAAGAUAUGGUACUAAAGCAAAACCCAUGGUACCAACCCACUACCUAGGUGACUUUUUAGUAAAGGCUUCAGUUGAGAAAGAUGGAAUACCAAUUGGUCCAAAGGCUACAGGGAAUGACUAUAUAUAUAGUUACCCUCAAGGGCUGCAGAAACUAUUGGAGUUUAUGAAGCAAAAGUAUCAAAAUAUCACUAUUUACAUUACAGAAAAUGGAAUUUCUGAGGCAACUGUUCCAGAUCGCCAUUUGGAUGACUAUGUCAAUGAUGAUUAUCGAAUUAUGUUCAUUUUUCAACAUUUGUACUAUGUCAAUAAAGCAAUGAAGAAUGGAGUGAAUGUGAAAGGCUACUUCUACUGGUCUUUAUUUGAUAGCUUUGAAGGGAGACAAGGCUAUACCCAAAGAUUUGGGUUGUAUUUCAUUGAUUACAAUGAUGACUACAAAUGCAUUCCCAAGAAGUCUGCUAAAUGGUUACAUUGCUUCCUCAAAGACAAUAUAACCCAACUUACAACACUAUCAGAGCAAACUUCCAUGUGUGCUAGCAACGCCACCAAGGACAACAAUGACUCCCCUAGUGGUGCCCUUACAACGGCUGCCGUCGCCAUUCUCGGCACCCUCAUUGGCUUCUUCGCCUUGUUCGUGCUCCCUACUUUCUGUGAGACGGAGGAAGAUCUUAGGAGGAGCCAAAUUCCAUAUCAUCACUAGUAGGGAACAUACCAUAGGCCUAGUGUCUUUCUAGUUAGCAAGAGGCUUAUUCAGUGAAUGUACAUUACAAUUUUAUUUUAAAAAAAAUAAAUUAAAUGAAGGUAUUGCUUUUGAAGCAAACUAA